CAUCCAUCGAGCGGUGCUGCUGCCCUUUCACAAGAAUGGCUGGCCAACUGAUGCUAUCAGCCUUGCUUUUGCCGUGUGUAUUGGCUGUUUCCCUGCCAGUGAAGCUGCACCUGAAGCGAGCGGUUGACUCGGGUCUUGCCAACAUCCAUCUGGCUUACGACAGACCUAUCGCCACCGAGGUCGUGUUCACUUAUGGUCCUUGCAAGGCCAAGACUCCAGGUGAAGCCCACCAUCUAGUUGGCCGCUCCCAUUCCUGUGACCACGACAGGCUAUUGUGGAAAGUCCCAGAAUACACCCCCACAGGCCAAUGCCUCUCAGCAUGGGACGCCCGGCAGAACCUUGUGGGACGGAGCGUUCCGGUGUCCAUUGCUCCCAAUGCAAAGGCCGCUCGCAGACGUCUCCGAAAGCGCCAGGCCGACUUCUCCAUCCAGAUGGACAACUCGAGCGGCAUUGAUGCGGAAGGGCCGUGGUUCGACGGCGUGGUUGCCCUCAAGAACAAAGAGAUCAGUGCGGUCAACGCCCAAGAAGCAAAGUCGAAGGAGAUCGCCAUCGUCGGUGCCGGCAUGGCCGGUCUGAUGACCUGGCUCGCCCUCAACCAAUCCGGGAUGACGAACGUGUCUCUCAUCGAAGCAGCCCAGCGGCUCGGCGGGAGAGUUCACACUGCUUACUUUGGCGACCCGAGCGAGAGACAGUAUCAAGAAAUGGGGCCCAUGCGUUUCCCGCUCUCCUUCACGGCAUCCGAGACGAACGAAACGAUCCAGAUCCAAGAUCACCGCAUCGUCUUUGAUCUGGCCGCCGAAGUCAACAGACUGAACAACAACAACACCAACUUUACGGUCAACUUUAUCAAAUGGUACCAGAACUCGCCCAAUGGGCUUUACUACGUCAACGGCGCCCGGAAACCCAACGGCCAGGUCCCGACGCUGUCCGAGGUCCAAGCGAAUACGUCGUUGCUGGGGACGACCUCUACGCAGCCGGACGACCCCAAGCUGGAUGCGCUCGACGAGGACAUCAAUACCAUCUACAACAAUGGGAGUUUCCUCGACCAGAUGGCGCGGAACAUAUACAUGGCGCACAAAACGUUCCUCGAUCAAGGACUUGGUGGAUUGGGUGGCGACGACUUUUCCGAAUUCGCCUAUGUCCAUAACGUGCUUGGGUAUGCGUUGAAUGAGACCUUCGUGGAGCUGGGAGGCCCUGGGAGCGAGAGCUUUUGGGAUAAUCUCUAUGAGUCGAUGUACUUCUCUGCGACAGAUUGGAGGACAAUUGAUGGCGGUCUGACUCGUCUCCCCAGUGCCUUCCACCCUCUUGUUGACGAUGUGACCUACAUGAAUCGCAAGGUCCAGCGAGUCCAAUACAACGAGACGACAAAGAAGGUGACGCUGCAGUGGAAGGCCAAGCCGCUCGACCGCACCUUUCAGAACGCAAGCUACGACCUGGCGGUCGUCACGGUUCCCAUGCCUCUGGUCAGGACGUGGCGCCUGCCGGCGUUUUCAGACCUCCUGCAGACCGCCAUCGACAGCUACCCCUACUCCCAGGUCUGCAAGGUGGCGCUGCAGUUCCAGACCCGCUUCUGGGAGCAUCUCGACAAGCCCAUCUACGGCUCCUGCAGCACGACCACCGACAUCCCCGGCAUCGGGAGCAUCUGCUACCCGAGCUACGACAUCAACUCGACCGGGAAGGGGGUGAUGCUUGCGAGCUACACGUCCUCGGACGACGGGUUGCGCUGGGCGUCGAUCCCGGAGGACGUCCACGUCCAGUACGUCGUGGACGCCAUGGCCGAGAUCCACGGGCCCGUGGUGUACGAGCAAUACACGGGGGCCUACAACCGCCGCUGCUGGAUUCUGGAUCAGUACGAGACGAUCAGUUGGGCGAGCCCGGAUAUCGGGAUGAGGAAGUCCUUCAUCCCGGCGUUCUUCAACACGGAGCAGGGCGUCAUCAUGAGCGGGGAAGGGACCAGCUACACCAGCUCGUGGAUCGCGAGUGCACUGGAGAGUGGCGUCAGAGCGAGCGUCCAGCUUCUGCUCGAGCUGGGGCUAGUGGACGAAGCGAAAGCUGUGACCGAAAAAUGGAUGGCUCGAUGGAUUGACGUGUAGAUCCUUCGUUGGGAACACCGCGCAGAUCUCUCCUCGCUCUCGAUGGCUUGUCCACAAGCCUCGGCUGCUGUGAUCUUGUGCUGAUACAGCCGCGCCGGAUGGUGUGGCCGAAGUUUAGAGUGGUUCGGUGGUCCCCGAUGUUGAGUGGACGACAGGCAGACCGGUAUCUUGCCGCUGUCAGCGUCUUCGGACGAGGCUGAACCAUAAAAUGAUCG